CACAUGUCCCCUCCCCUUUUUUUUUAACUGAACGUCAUUAACAUCUGGGGAGAUUAUCGUCGAAAGAUAGACGUGUACGCUCCUUUGUUCUCUACAAAUAAAGAUCCAUGAGUAUGUCAGAGGGUAUGCGAAAGCGCCAUAAGACUCAUCCCAGUGGCACCAAUGUGGAGUUGAAAGCGAAGAAAGCAGAGGCAGGCCAAUGGGGCAGAGCAUGGGAGGUGGAUUGGUUCUCAUUGACUGGAGUGAUUCUGCUGCUGUGCCUGGCCCCAUUCAUCGUUUUCUUCUUCAUCAUGGCGUGUGAUCAGUACCAGUGCUCCAUCAGCUUGGUCCUGCUGGACAUUUAUAAUGGAGACGCCAGUCCACUAAGCAUCUUGAAGCAAGCACCUUCAUUCACAUGGACUGCCGCCAAAAUCUACGGCUCCUGGGUCACCUUCCAGGUGGUGCUGUAUAUGUGCAUUCCAGAUGUUACCCACAAGUUCCUGCCAGGUUAUGUAGGAGGGGUGCAGGAAGGAGCUCUUACACCAGCAGGCCUGAUUAAUAAAUAUCAGAUCAACGGACUGCAGUGCUGGAUUAUAACGCAUGCUUUAUGGGUGGCCAAUGCUUAUCACUUCCACUGGUUCUCUCCUACUAUCAUCUUCGACAACUGGAUCCCGCUGCUCUGGUGCACCAACAUUCUCGGCUAUAUUGUUUCGAUGUUCGCUUUUAUCAAGGCCUACUCGUUCCCCACCAACCCAGAGGACUGCAAAUUCACAGGAAACUUCUUUUACGACUUCAUGAUGGGCAUCGAGUUCAAUCCACGCAUCGGAAAGUGGUUCGACUUCAAGCUCUUCUUCAAUGGCCGGCCCGGGAUUGUCGCUUGGACUUUGAUCAACCUGUCCUACGCUGCCAAGCAACAGGAGCUCUAUGGUUAUGUAACCAAUUCUAUGAUCCUGGUCAAUGUGCUGCAGGCCAUCUACGUAUUAGACUUUUUCUGGAACGAAGCCUGGUAUUUGAAAACGAUUGAUAUCUGCCACGAUCACUUUGGUUGGUACCUGGGCUGGGGCGACUGCGUCUGGCUGCCUUUCCUUUACACACUACAGGGCCUGUACCUGGUCUACAACCCAGUCCAGCUCUCCACGCCAUACGCCUGGGCCGUCCUCGUCCUCGGCCUGGUGGGCUACUACAUCUUCCGCUCGGCCAACCAUCAGAAGGACUUGUUCCGGCGCACGCAGGGUCAGUGCAACAUCUGGGGCCGCAAGCCAACCUUCAUCGAGUGCUCGUAUCGUUCAGCUGACGGCGGUAUUCAUAAGAGCAAGCUGCUCACGUCAGGCUUCUGGGGCGCCGCACGUCACCUUAACUACACAGGAGACCUGCUGGGUGCGCUGGCGUACUGCAUGGCAUGCAGCAGCGGGCACCUGCUGCCCUAUUUCUACAUCGUCUACAUGACCAUCCUGCUGCUGCACCGCUGUAUCCGUGAUGAGCACCGCUGCAGUAGCAAGUACGGCAAGGACUGGAAACGCUACACGGACACUGUGCCUUACCGCCUACUGCCUGGAAUCUUCUAGAAGAAGCACAGAAAUUUACUGCCUUCCAUCCCGUAACUUCACUGAAUUGUGUGUGGGAAUGCAUUUUUUUUUUUCAGUAUUAAUUUUGAAUCAGAAUUAUUUUAGCUCUUGGCUGGAUUUAGUACAGGUUAACUUGUCUACCUCGUUCCAUGUCAUUUGCUUUUACCUAGAUUUUGAAGCUCAUGCAGGAAACUGUGAUAUAAAUUGACUCAUAUUUGCCAUAGUUUUAUGACCAGUUUGUAAAGUAUGUGUGUGUGUGCAUGUAUGUGUUUCCUUACGUAGUAUUCAGUACGAAAGUAGGCACUUCUAUGAAUUUCGUAAGAAUCCUUGAGUAGUCCCUAAAAGGAGUCCAAACAGCCCAAUCCAGCUCUGUGUGCUCUGAGUUUCUUUUAUAAAAACACUUUCAGCAAGAACAGUUUUUAAGAUGCAGAGAUUAAAAUGAUGUCUGUUGAUGAGUUUCUCAUAUUACAAUUUUUGCAAAUGGGAAUUGCUCAUUAAAUAUGUGCUAAUUUGCAUAUUACAAAUUGA